AGGGGGAACCAAGUUCCCACUACUGGGGAAGAGGCGAGAGCAGGUACUGUGGAAGUCGGCGGGGGUAUUUGCUCGCGACACCGAGUGUGGGCCGGAAGUGGAGGAGUCUAGAGUGGCUCCGCUGGACCUCCAGGCUAGACUGAGGCAGUGCGACAGCCCCUUGGCUGGAAGACGACGAUGAGGAGCAACGGAAGCGGCAAGGGGGGACGCUGCUACGCGGCACCGGGUUGCGUGGCCGCAGUAGACUGCGCAGUUUGCGAGCAGGUCUAAUUGUGCAGCUGGCAUGGUUUCUUAACUUCCCAGUGCUUAGCAGAAAAGAAGAUAUUUUCAGGCAGGAAGGCUGAAUAUUUAGUUCUUAACGAACACGAUGAGAUACUCAUUCUUCACUUCUGAUGUAGCUGUUAGCAGUGACAGCCUGACCAGGGAUCAAACCGCAAUCUUGAUGUAUCGAGACGAUGCUCUAACCACCUGGCCAGGGCCUAAUUUAAUGUCCUUUAAAACUUGGACACUUACAGAGAGCUACCAUGGAAAAGUCCUGGAUGCUGUGGAACUUUGUUGAAAGAUGGCUAAUAGCCUUGGCCUCGUGGUCUUGGGCUCUCUGUCGUAUUUCUCUCUUACCUUUAAUAGUGACUUUUCAUCUGUAUGGAGGCAUUAUCUUACUUUUGUUGAUAUUCAUAUCAAUAGCAGGUAUUCUAUAUAAAUUCCAGGAUGUAUUGCUUUAUUUUCCAGAACAGCCAUCUUCCUCACGCCUUUAUGUCCCCAUGCCAACUGGCAUUCCACAUGAAAAUGUUUUCAUCAGAACCAAAGAUGGAGUACGUUUAAAUCUUAUUUUGAUAAGAUACACUGGAGACAAUUCACCUUAUUCUCCAACCAUAAUUUAUUUUCAUGGGAAUGCAGGCAACAUAGGUCACAGGUUACCAAAUGCAUUGCUUAUGUUGGUUAACCUCAAAGUUAAUCUUUUGCUUGUUGAUUACCGAGGAUAUGGAAAAAGCGAAGGAGAAGCAAGUGAAGAAGGACUCUACUUAGACUCUGAAGCUGUGCUAGACUAUGUGAUGACUAGACCUGACCUUGACAAAACAAAAAUUUUUCUUUUUGGUCGUUCCUUGGGAGGAGCAGUGGCUAUUCAUUUAGCUUCUGAAAAUUCACAUAGGAUUUCAGCUAUUAUGGUGGAGAACACAUUUUUAAGCAUACCACAUAUGGCCAGCACUUUAUUUUCGUUCUUUCCAAUGCGUUACCUUCCUUUAUGGUGCUACAAAAAUAAAUUUUUGUCCUACAGAAAAAUAUCUCAGUGCAGAAUGCCUUCUCUUUUCAUCUCUGGACUCUCUGAUCAAUUAAUUCCACCAGUAAUGAUGAAGCAACUUUAUGAACUCUCCCCAUCUCGGACUAAGAGGUUAGCCAUUUUUCCUGAUGGAACUCAUAAUGAUACAUGGCAAUGCCAGGGUUACUUCACUAGCCUUGAACAGUUCAUCAAAGAAGUAAUAAAGAGUCAUUCUCCUGAAGAAAUGGCAAAAACUUCAUCUAAUGUGACAAUUAUAUAAUGUUUUUCUUUUUGAUUAAUGCACUAUAUUUUAAUUUGUGCAGAAUGAUAAAAAAUGUUCCUUUCUAGAAGUGUGUUAUGUCUGUACUUGUCUGAAGAGUGACAUUAAAUUUUGAAAGGACUUCAGUGCUCUGUUAAGAUGAUACAAUAGUUUUUUACAUUUGGAAAACUGUAACUGUUGGGAUUAUUUCAUACAUUUUCAUCAAACCUUUCAAUGUGGUUAUGUGUCCAUAUCUUUAGUUUAAUAUGCCAGUAUAAUAUAUUCAGAAGUUUCUUGUUGCUAAAGUGAUAUACUUUAUGUGAUGCUUAAGAUUAAUGGCUGGAUGUAGAAGGCAAGAUGUAAACGAGAAACAUUUGGAUGUUAUUUCUUUAGUAAAUACUGGGACAAUCAUGGUAUGCAAACUUAGUUCUGUAACUGCAUUUUUCACCUUAAAAUAAAAUGCAUGAUAUUUUAUUUCUUGAA